GAAUGGAUAGAGAUGGAUCCCGACGUCAGCUUGUACGUCUAAGGAUUUCUGCUCCACCAGUCUGCCUCAAAGUGACUGGAGCGCAGCGUCGCGGAGGAACUAUGCAAGGAUUAUUAUAGGACGUUUUCAGCCACAGAAUAUGGAUUUUGAUGAACGGAUCUCUGGCUCCAAUAUGUAUUUACCGAGUUGCACUUACUACGUCUCCGGAGCAGAGUUCUCGGGUCUCCCUCAUUAUUUAACCCAGAGCCAGUCCUCUUGCCCCAUGACAUACUCCUACCAGUCCUCAGCUCUGCCACAGGUCCCAUCCGUGAGAGAUGUGGCUUUCAGAGACUAUGGCAUUGAUACUUCAAGUAAAUGGCACCACAGCAGGGGGAGCCUAUCGCACUGCUUCGCUGAGGACAUCGUGCACAGGGAAAGCUGGACGAGCCCGACCUCUCGGGGGGGAGAGAUCCUGGUGAAAGGCAGCCCCAGCGCCAGCCACUGCAGCUCCUCCAACCCGACGCCCAGCUUCUAUGGCAGCGUUGGCAGGAACGGGGUCCUGCCACAGGCGUUCGAUCAGUUUUUCGACACUGCCUACGGGAGCGCAGAGAACGGCGCAACGCCGACGGCACACGCGACAGACACGGAGAGACACGCCAAAGCAAGCCCAGCUCCUGCGCACCCGGGCUCCGACACGGCGGAGAGCUGCAGCCCCAAGUCGUCCUCCGGCCACGGCGAGGAGAAGCAGAGCAAAAGCAGCAGUGGCCAGAGGACGCGCAAGAAGAGAUGUCCAUACUCCAAAUAUCAGAUCAGGGAACUGGAAAGAGAGUUCUUCUUCAGUGUUUACAUCAACAAAGAGAAGCGUCUGCAGCUUUCGCGGAUGCUCAACCUGACAGAUCGCCAGGUCAAGAUUUGGUUCCAAAACAGAAGGAUGAAGGAGAAGAAACUGAACAGAGACCGUUUACAGUACUACACCACGAACCCCCUGCUAUAAAAAAAACUGAACAAAGACAGCGGACACGCACCUCUCUCUUUUACACACACAUCUAUAUCAUUACCUGGACAGGAGGACGAGAUUUUAAAGUGCCACUCUCCAUAAAUAAUUAUUUAUACACCUUUAACAUAAUUUGCUAUAUUAUUAUUAUUAUUAUUAUUAUUAUUAUUAUUAUUAUUAUUAUUAUUAAGCUCGACAGAUGUUAAAGUCUAAUGGUUGCAUGGGGGUGCUUACGCAUCUGUAUGAUUUCCCUUCAUUUUAUUUAAUAAUAUACAUCAAGAUGCAUUUAAAAAAAAAUCCUAUUUUUUUCCACUAUAUGAUUAAAGUUUACUUGCGCACGCACGUGUAUCUUUCUGUCCCCUUUAAUGGAUCUUGAUUUGGCCCAAUUUUAGCGCGAACACACAUCUUUUGCGGGCCGAAACGUUUGACUUCCCCCCGUCAUCUUUUCAGUGUUCCUGUGCAAAUACAAGAAGUCUGGGGAUUUAAAAACGUUUUUUUUUCUAGGUUUUGGAGUUACUAACAGACCCCCCUCCUGAUUUUUGACACCACUGAUAGUGAUCAGCUGGUCCAAAAACGCUUGCCACGGCAUUGCAUAGUUGUGGAAUGAGUAAAGCCAUAAUCUGAUACAAAUUUGUUCGUCUCAUACACUUAAGUCUGAGAUUCACUGAUAUUUAACAUCUGCGCUUGACCCUACUACAUGCGCUUUGUUGAGCCCUUGCUCGUAAAAGUUGGAUUACUUUCCAAAUUCAUCCAAAGGGCAAACCUCUGAUAAAAGAGCAAAGCCUCCAAAAGAAACGUAAUCCAAUAUUUUGUUUUAUAUGCCAGCACGUGGGUCGUAUCAGAUGCAUGAUAUGUAGGUCUGAAGCUUUUUAUUCCCUCGUGGCUGGAAAUCAGAUCCUCUGCAGUUAUUAUUUGAUAUCCGUUACAAGGCUUUCAUUCAUUUCUGGGAGGGGGAUGUGAAAAAGCUUAUUUUUGACCUUACAUUCCUAUUAAGUCAAUCUGAAACGAUCUUGACACUUAAAAAAUCGCGUAGAUCUAAUUAAAAAACAAAAAAACAAAUGUAUUUGUUUUCUCAUGUGGCUCCACGAAGUGUUGUAGCUGUUACUGGACGCUCAAGUCAGCCGGUGUCAGCCUGAACCAGCAGUAGCACAUGGGGUAAAUAAAGACACGGAGAAACCCCAUACUGUGAGUACAGUCGCCACCAACAGUAUCAUCAUUUAUUUAUUAUGUGGAGUGAUUUAAUCCAAAGACCUUACAUAAGUAUGUUAGGACAUAAACAAGCUGGGAAUCUUACAUGCAAACGGAGGUAACUGCACAUGAAAAGAUGGUAAAAAAGAAAAAGUGUUCAAUGUGAUUUUAUAAUCAGCACUAGGGCCCUGAAAACAACUUGAAUAGCCUGUCAUAAGCUAAUAAGGGCCCUGUAGCCUUCCUUAUACUGUGCAUCCUGUGAGGCUCCCAGGAAUGCCGCUUUGAUUGCUGCACAUCCUCCCAGUUGCUCCAGUAACUUGGCCAUAAAACGCGGAUUCGUCUGGAGCGUUUGGAGUGCAGUGCAAUAAAGCGUCUGAGACCAAGGUUAUUAACUGUGACUAAGGGCCUGAAAAACAACGGCUGGGAGCACUGAAACUUGUGUUCACGGACCUUUCCGGCCUCAUUUGUAUCAGCAUCUUGCCGUGGUAGGAAUAUUCCGUUGGUGUUGCGUUCCAGUGUGGGCCUGUUGUGUUUGCCCACUGGGUGGCGCUCCUCAGAUCAAUGUCAUUGCCGUGAAUUGAGAUAUGAAGGAAGUUUGACUCGACGUUCAGCCGCUUUAAAAUAUGUAACCACCUCAGGAUUUUAUUGUUAAGGUAGGCACAGACAUACUGUCAUAUUCAUUUCACAGUGACAGGGAUGUGUUUUUCUUUUUCCCCUUCUCUUCUUGUGAUUUAAGAAAGUCUAUUUUCCCACAACAUCCAGAAUCAUUUCUGUCUGCAUAUAACUGA